AUGGCGACUGUUUCGGAUGUUUCAAAAGUCAUCUCAAACAUUUUAGUUCCACUUUCUUUUUCAAUUAAACCCAAACAAUUAGAAGCUGUGGUAAAUAUUUUAAAUGGAGUCGAUACCUUGUGUAUUUUUCCAACGUGUUAUGGUAAAAGUUUAAUCUACCAACUUUUACCAAGUGUGUGUUUGGAGUUAAAUAUAGCACCUUCACCACUUGUUUUAGUCGUUUCUCCUCUUAUUUCUUUAAUCCAAGAUCAAGUUUCAUCUGCAAAUUCGUUAAGUGCGUUAGGAUUAAAGGCUUCCAAACUAGAUUGCGAUGAUUAUGGGGAUAUUAUAUCUGGCAAUUUCAAUAUUUUGAUUGGCACACCUGAAUCUUGGCUUAAUAAUGCCAGGUGGAGACAGUUUCUCUCAUCUAAAUUUGUACUGGACAAUGCUGUUUGCCUUGUUGUGGAUGAAGUACACAAAGUGUCAUGGUAUGGUGUUUUUAUUAUUGGUGCCCCAAAGCUGCAAAGAAAGCAUUUUCAGAAUGGUGCCUCACCAAUGAGCAAUGAGGACAAGCCAUUCAGAGAAGCAUUUGGUAGAAUCAGUGAAAUGCGGUCUAUCUGUCGUCAAGAUUUACCUAUUCUUGCCCUCAGUGCCACUGUGGAUGUUGAUUUGACCCAGCUUGUUAUCGGAAGUUGCGGAUUAUCAAAAAAACUGAGAGUAAUAUCAGUAUGUAGUGACAGACAAAAUAUACGAUUGUGUGUUUUAAAUAUUUCCAGUAGGGAAAAUGUCCAAUGUCUGAAGUGGAUUGUUGACACUUUUUUAUCAGAGGUUUCUGAUACACAUAAAGUAAUAAUUUACUGUCGAUCAGUGACUUUGUGUGGUUUUGUUUACUACCACGUUCGUAAGAUGAUUGAACGAGAAACUUUGGGAAAUAGUAUGAAAUCUACCGACUUAAUUGCCUUAUUUCACUCUGGAACAUUGGAAGCCCAAAAAUCGAAUGUUUUAUCAGCCCUGACAUCAGACACAGGUACUAUUCGGUUGGUAGUUGCAACAAGUUCACUUGGUUGUGGUGUUAACAUGAAGAACGUUAAAUUUGUUGUUCAUUAUGGUCCAGCAUAUGACACCGCUGAUUAUUGCCAACAGGUUGGCCGAGCAGGACGGAACAUUGAAGGACUUUGCCAUGCAAUACUAUAUGUCUUUCCACAGGGCAGAGGAAAUGUAAAUAAUUCUAUGGUAUCCUACAUUCAGAGCCAUGAAAAGAGUUGCUUGAGGACAUCACUGUACACUCCAUUCAAUGAAGACGGAAACAGUGUAAUGCCUUUGUCACCUGGCCAUAACUGUUGUUCAUUUUGUGCAAGGAAAUGUGAGUGUGAUGAAUGUCCGUUGUUUCCCUUUGAAAUUGUAACAGAAGAAAAAGAAUCCAAAUUAUUUGGUAAAAAGAUUAUACGUGAAGUUUCAGAAGAUGAUAAACAACUUGUCAAAGAUAUGCUAGUUGAGUACCAUGAAACUAUAUGUUCCAAACCAAUGUUACUAGUGCCUGGAGAAGUGAUGACUGGGUUAUCAAAGAGUUGUGUAAAUGAAAUUGUUUUGCAUUUACCAUACAUAAAUUCAAUGGAAUAUAUACAAAAUAAUCUCAAUCUGGGUACAGAUACUUCCAAGGAACUUAUGCUAAUACUCAAUGAUGUGUUUCACGAUAUUGAAGUUCCAGAUGUUCACAAAGAAUGUGACGAUAGCAUGGAAAUCGUUGAUAAAACGAAUCUAGAGUGUCCUGAAUUUUCAGAUUUCUCUGAACAUGAGUCAAAUGACAGUGAACUUGACUAUUGA